AUGGUUGUGACGUGGAGUAUGGAGCAGAAAUCUCAGUCGAAACUCAAAGAAGCCUCUGAUGCAUUCAAUGCAUUAACAAAAGUCCGAAAACAAGCCAAAUUCGAAGAGAUUCGCGCUGGGUUGAAAUCUGGAACAUACACGGCUAAGUCAAAUGACAAACCAAACCGAUCAGUAGCAUACGAUCUGCUGAAACUAAUCGUCGACAAAGAGGGAAAAGAAAUGCACUGCUUCUUUUACUGUCCAACGUGUGAGGAAUCCGCAGAACCAUCGAUCAUUUUCGCCGAUACUCGCAAAGGAACGUUGAAACUGCUAACUCACUUCCGAAACCACGAGACGAAGGCGGUGCCUGCAAAAGAUGAACCUGGAGAAGUGACGGUGAAAUCUCCUGUUGGUGUGAAAGUUCAAACGAGCAAGGCUAUUCAGCAUACCACGAAAUCAUACGUUUUUGAUGCAAAUACAUUGUCAUUGGCUUUGUCAAAAAUGACAUCGAUUGGUCACAGCCAUGGUAUUCUCGAACCGGACGCUGUGAAGUCAUUGCUGCCAUCAGCAGCCGAAUGGUCAUUGGAUUGGACUGAUGACACAGCUCGUGUCACAGCAAUCAUCAAUCAUGAAUAUCCAAAUGAGGUCGCAUCUGGCAGCAAGCCGUCUAAGACGACUGAGCACAAACCGGGAUAUUCUCGCCAACAAUUGGAAGCAGCCAAAGCCAAAGCCAAAGCCAAAGCCGAAGCCCAAGCCAAAGCCGAAGCCAAAGCCGAAGCCAAAGCCGAAGCCAAAGCCAAAGCCGAAGCCAAAGCCAAAGCCAAAGCUAAA